AUGUCAAUCCGUGCGGUAGUGAUUCUGACGGUGGUGUCGCUGGCCAUCCUUCCAUCUCGGGCCGGAAAUCCUUUCGCUCCAAAUGUCCCAAGAGUUUGCAUCGACGAUGGGUGCAUGCGUGGAUCGUGGAUGAGAAGUGUACACGGGGAACGGUAUGAAGCGUUUAUCGGAGUACCAUUCGCAAAGCCACCGAUUGGAGCACUUCGCUUUGCCAAUCCCGUGCCGAACGAUCCGUGGACAGAGAAGGAGCUGGAUGCGUCGGGCAGAAUUCCUCGCGCACCAUGUUUGCAGCAAAAUCUCUUUCUACCGCAGCGUGGAGUCGAGGGAAAGGAGGAUUGUCUGUAUCUUAACGUGUAUCGGCCGUUCCUGAGCAACAAAACAGAAGGAAAGCAGAAUUCUACUGCGCCACUAGCAACGCUGGUGUACAUCCAUGGGGGUGGCUUCUUUGCCGGUUAUAACUCUCCUCUGGUUGCCGGAGCAGAAAAGUUGAUGGACCAUCCGGUAAUACUAGUGACGAUUACGUACCGUCUGGCAGCUUUUGGAUUUCUUUCGACCGGCGACGAAGCGGCUAGUGGAAAUUUUGGUCUAAAGGAUCAACGGCUGGCACUGCGCUGGGUGCAGCGUAACAUCGCCGCGUUUGGUGGUGAUCCCCGGUUGGUGACGAUCAUGGGGCACAGUGCAGGCGGUGCUUCGGUACAUCUACACCUAAUGCACCUGGGCAACGAAGGCAUUUUUCAGCGGGCUGUCAGCCUUAGUGGGAAUGCUCUCGCACCGUGGAGUGCUCCAAGGACGAAUCCAGAACAACUUGCCCGCCAACAAGCUGAACUGUUGGGAGUAAAAGAAGCACACCAGAUGACUACUUCCGAGUUGGUCGAAGCUCUUCGAAGCAUUGAUGCCGAACGGUUCGUGGACAGUUACAAGGGAUUUACGAAUGGAUCACGCUAUCCUGCCAUUGUCUACGGACCUGUUGUGGAGUCAUCCACCGUGAAAGAUGCUUUCUUGACGGCCACUCCAAAGGAACUAUGGUCUCGAGGAGAACAUCUCUCUGUACCCUGGUUGACAGGAGUAGUUCCCAAUGAUGGGUUCGUAUUCAGCGCACCCAUGCUGAAAGACACCGAUUGCACGAAGGAAUUGUUUGCUCAACAACAAGCGCUGCUUCUGAACCUACUAGGAGGUGCGAAACAGCCAGAAGCGUUCCCCAUGCUGAUGGAACAUUUCUUCAAUCAUCAAUCCACGGUUGGACAGUGCUUCACAAAGGAACAUGUUGGCAUCCUGACUAAGGUCUUUAACGAAGGGUUGUUUGUGUACCCACUUAUGCUUAGCGUACGGCAACAUGCUAAUCACACUCGAUCGAACGCUCCCAUAUAUCUGUACAAGUUCAACUAUAAGGGGCCUCAUUCGUACUCUUCCUUGUUAGCUCCAGACAACGAUCCGCCACAGGAUUUCGGUAUUGUGCAUUGUGAUGACCUGAUCUACAUUUUCCGUGCACCCAUACUGUUCCCGGAUUUUAGUCGAAACUCACCAGAUGCCAAAGUGACAAAAAAGAUGACAAAGUUGUUGGUGGACUUUGCACGAACAGGUGUUGCACCUAGACUCCCGGAAGGUGAAAUGAGUUACAGUGAUUUUCCUCAAGCAUUGGAACUGACCAACUCCAACAUUGAGGAUGACCCAAUUGUGCAGAAGUAUACUAACAUCAACAAUGAAGAUAUGUACACAUUUUGGACUCGCUUUUACAGUUAUUAG